GUUUAUUCUAGGGCUGGGGCAUGCUUUUCCAAAUACCAAGUCCAAUAAUCAUACACUAUACUGCUGAUCACUUCGAAGACAAUGUCUAUUAGGCUACAGUAGACUACUUCAAAAAGACUACUUCAAAAACAUCCAAAUAUUCGGUGUAAAACUAUUGAAUUCAUUGUAUUUGUGAAUAGGGUAUUUUAAACCCUAACGACUGUUCGUACAUGGUGGAUAUGCAGUCUCACAUAUCAAAUCAAACUUUAUUAGUCACAUGCGCCGAAUACAACAAGUGUAGACUUUACCGUGAAAUGCUUUACUUACAAGCCCUUUACCAGCAGUGCAGUUCAAGUGUAUCAUAUACACUCUUACACAAAGACAUAUUGUUUACAAUGACAUAUUGUUUAUCCUGUAGAAAGCAUUGCAAACUCGACAUUGCAUCCGACAGCUUGUCACUCUGAUUGCGACCAAGGGAAUUACAUGGCCCUGUACACACUUACGUUGUGCAACUGAUCUGAAACACAUUUGGGGGGGUUUUCUGCACAGAAAUAAUCACACAAGCAAUGUGGAGACACCACACAAUGGUUGUGUAAACGUUUUUAGGUAGACAAAACUCUCUGUUGUAUCACAACAACAAAAAAAUAUCAGUUGUGUCACAACCAUUGUUACAAAUGUGUUGCAGAUCAGUUGUAUAACCAUAGUGUGUACUGGGCCUAUAGGUCCAGUGGUCACUGAGACACUGCAGCUGCCACUGCUGUGGAAAGUUUCACUGUUCACACACAGUUCUCAAUGAACAACUGCUCUAUAUUUUCAUGUGGGAUUAGAGCUCACGAACCUAUAUAUAAAUAGACAGGGUUUUGACCCAAAAAAUGAAAGUGUUUGGGAUUCCACGGAUGGUCUGGUCUUUAGUACUGUAGAGGUAGCACAUCUAUGGUCUGGUCUGUAGUACUGUAGAGGUGACACAUCUAUGGUCUGGUCUUUAGUACUGUAGAGGUACCACAUCUAUGGUCUGGUCUUUAGUACUGUAGAGGUGACACAUCUAUGCUUAGUAUAAACUUAACAGAGACCAGGGCCAAAAAUAGACUCAGUGUUUCAGUGAACUCAUUGCCUGGUUGUGAAGAAGACAGCUGGUGUGUCAGCGUAAAGAACGACACUGAAAUACAUUGUCCUGUAGACUUUUGUUUUUAUGUUGUUUUUUUUGUCUUCUAUUUUGCAAGAGACGUUCUGUCUCUAAUGUUCAAAGUUGAAAUAAUGUAAUUGUUGAUUGAGAUAAUAUAGGUAUUUUGUAAGGCGGGCAACUUUCAGCGUCGUGUCUUGAGUCAUAUCGAUGAGAUAAAAUCUCUUUGUUCACUGUUGAAAUGAUUGAAUGUUAGUUGCAGGGAAAGUUAUUUUUGUAAGAGGGCCAACUUUCAGUGUCGUGUCUGUUUUACCCUCUUGUAGUUUUGCACUUUAACCGAUGUCAGCUUUGGGAAAUGUGAUUGUAAACUAACAGCCACUAAUGUUUUGGACUCAUCACGUACGCUGCUUCUACUGUUUAUCAUCUGUCACUUUAUUCCUAGUUAUAUGUACAUAUCUACCUCCAUGACCUCGUACCCCUGUACAUAUCUACCUCCAUGACCUCGUACACCUGCACAUAUCUACCUCCAUGACCUCGUACCCCUGUACAUAUCUACCUCCAUGACCUCGUACAUAUGUACCUCCAUGACCUCGUACCCCUGUACAUAUCUACCUCCAUGACCUCGUACCCCUGUACAUAUCUACCUCCAUGACCUCGUACCCCUGUACAUAUCUCCCUCCAUGACCUCGUACCCCUGUACAUAUCUACCUCCAUGACCUCGUACCCCUGUACAUAUCUACCUCCAUGACCUCGUACCCCUGUACAUAUCUACCUCCAUGACCUCGUACCCCUGUACAUAUCUACCUCCAUGACCUCGUACCCCUGCACAUAUCUACCUCCAUGACCUCGUACUCCUGUACAUAUCUACCCUCAUGACCUCGUACCCCUGCACAUAGCCUCGGUCCUGGUGCCCCGUGUACACUGCCAAGUUAUCAUUACUCAUUGUGUAUUUAUUAUUACUUUUAUUGUUAAAUUUUUUACUUUUCUAUUAUUUCUCUAUUUUCUUGCUCUCUGCGUUCUUGGUAAUUUAAGUAAGCAUUUCACUGUUAGUCUACACCGAAGCAUGUGACAAAUACAAUUUGUUGUGAUUUGAUUUGUAAGUCAUGAGGGCAACAAUAAUUUUUAGCUAUGGGACAUGAUGAAAUGUUGCAGGUUGGUAAGAUAUCCCAGAGGGCUAUGUGCAGCCUACAGGGGCAAGGCUUUGAUAUGGAGUCUUUACAGCUGGCUACCCUUCCCUGGAAGAUCAACAUGACCUGCUCCUCAGAGAAGGAAUUAGUCUGUAAAGUAAAAACAUGAAGGCCCAUGCCCUUCUGACAACCCUCCCUCCCUGGCUGGCUGGAUGAAUGGAUCUACUGUGUAUCUAUUACAUUUCCAUCGACUUGUUUGUGUUUUUCAUUGGGACUGUUCCCCAACAUGUAUUAUAAACAAAAUGAUAGAUUCAGAUCAAUCCAUACAAUUCUUUAUUUUUGUCUUAUUACAGUGAGAAUUCAAUAUUCCAGGGGACACAUUAUAGGCCUGCUAUCAUUAAAUAGCUCAGGCAAAAGGAAACAUUUUCCAUGGAUAAAACGCAUGAUUAGGUAACCUAUUAUUUUCGUUGAAAAUCAUUGUAUCGUCUGAUGGGUCGCGUCUUCGGUGUAUUACGGUAAAAUUUCAAAUCAAUAGAUUUGAAACACCCACAAACCUAAAUUGUGCGCAACAGGAUGCGCAAUCCACUGACUUUUAAAACGGUUUCCCCUUCUUGAACGUGGGUAUUUAGGUUUGUCCAGAUUGUUUUACAAUCAGUGAUUGUGGUUUUGAAAAAUAACCGCCCAUCUGGUAGAUUUGAGUGAGUUGUUGUGAGUGAGCUACACAGACGUCUUGAGAGACCCGACUACAUCCCGGCGUUCAGAAGAGUUGGUAACUCUAGGAAAGGACUGGUAGGGGUGACGAGUGGACGCGGGGCAGGCAUGGGUUGCAGCCACAGCAAGAGGAAAAACAAAGCGAAGGAGGAGAAAACAGUGAAGGAGGUCAACAACUAUCAAGAUGGAGGCGGUAAAGUCCCUCUGGAGGAGCUGAAUGUGGGUCUAGAAACGGAGAAGCAGCUGGGUCAGUAUGAGUGGCAGCUGAAGAUCCUACGGGAGGUGCUGUCUGCCUCCGGGACCCAGGAGAGGGAGGAGCUACUAAAAGACCCAACCCAAGGAGAGCUCUGUGCCCUGGUCCACAACAUCACUGAGAAGGUGGAAACAGAGACGGCUGCUGACCUGACUGUUCUCUAUGUGGAGAAGAGCCAGAGGAUCGCAGAGCAGCACGAGAGACAGCUGGAAGAAUGGCAGAUGAUACAGAGUGACGAGACAAAACUACUAACAGAGACCCACCAGGCAGCUGAGAGAACGUUGAAGGAGGAGGUAGAGGAGCUGACUACAGAGCUACACGUGUACAAUCAGUUAAAGAAGAGAGUUGAGGAGUCUACCUUCAAGAAGGACCUGCAGCGGAACAUUCAGGCCCACGGCAGUCCUGGGCCAUUCUGGGAGCGGGAGCAGGAGAGUCUGCUGUUUGUCAUUGAGAUGAAGAGUGAACGUAUUCAGUCGCAGGGGAACAAACUGCUACAGAUGCAGGUUCUGGUGGAGAAGAAUCUGUCUCUAGAAGACCAGGUCAUAAAUGUUCUACAGAACAAUGAGGACCUGAGGGUUCGUAUCGACAACCAUCAAAGCCUUCUACAGCAGCUGUCCAAGGAGCACCAGGACCUCCAAGGGGCAUUAGACAGGCAGGCAUGUCUCUGUCAGAGGCUCACCAAGGAGAAAGAGCAACUCCUGUUUAAACUGAAGCACAGAGACUCCUGUCCUACCUUCCCAUCCUUCCCCAUAGUGUCUGAGCUCUCCCCCAGCUGAUCCGAACAGGGCCGUCAGGGUUACCUCGAUCUUAAUCCCGUCUAGGCUUGUAAACAUGAAGCCUGAAUCCGGAUCAUUUCCCAAAAUUCUGAAAGUAUAUAUUUUUUCAGAAUUCCCUGCUUGGAGGAUUCUAAGAGUCAUGAAGGAAUAUGUAAUGAAUGAUUCCUCCAACCCGAAAAUUCUUCCAAGUGGGAUUUCUGAAAAAGCAGGGGCCGUUGGGAAUGUUUCUGAACUUUUUUGCAACCCUAAUCCUACUUUGACAACCAAAGUCCAGGUACCUUUACAAAGGGCUUUAGUCACAUGUUUGAUGGAAGCUGAUGCCAAAUAAUGUUUUUAGUCCAGGUGUGUACCUGCUGUGCCUUACAGUACAUCAUGUUUUCUACAGCAGUAUGGUGUUCAUACAAAAGGACUGUUUUUUUUUGGUGGGUGGGGUAGUGGGUAUAGCCAUGCGCUGUUGGACUGAACUGACUCCUGCUGUACAACUGAGAUUAUCCUAGGUGAAUGUGACCGUGUCCACUUUGAUGGUUUGACUUGCGGUUGUAGACAGAGAUGUACAAACUUAGUAGCUACAUUUUAUUUUUAUAUAUAUAUAUAUUUAGCUACCUGCCGAGACACUAUGACGUCUAUCAAAAUGCAGUGUUAAGGUUUUACAUCACUCAGUAUGGAAUAGACGUUACAGAAUAUAAUGCAAUUUAAACCGGUACUUUAGACAACUGCCUUUGUAUUGGGAAAUGUUUAUACUCUUUUUUGUGUUAUAGAAUUUGUAAAAUAGAUUGCCAUGUUGGCAGUUUGAUUUUGUUUUUUUUGCAGAUGAGGACAAUGCAUAUUUUUGUGACUUUUUUAAGUAACAAAGAAACGGAAGCAAUUCUGUUUAAAAAUAUUAUUUUUUUUACUUCUGUUGCACUAGCACUUUUAAUCAGUAUUUUACUAGUACUAAAUGUGAGAGGUAGUUAAUGUCAUUUUUUUUGUUAUUCUUCCAUUUACAUUUAGUUGGUUUUACAUUUUUAUUUGAAUAAUUUAGCUAACGCUCCUCUCUUCAAAGGUAGCGGAUAGAUCUAGAGAGGAAGUCACAAUAAACAGUUGCAUCUGA